AUGACUCUGAAAACACUUGUUGGACAAAAGAUUAUGAAUGAGGUGGUCCGCUACCGUGGACCUAAGGGCAAGGAGUCACAACACAUAGGAUGGAGGGUUCUCAUUGUGGAUCAGCUUUCUAUGCGCAUGGUGUCUGCAUGCUGCAAGAUGCAUGAUAUCUCUGCAGAAGGGAUUACAUUGGUUGAAGACAUACACAAGAAACGGGAGCCACUGCCGACCAUGGAUGCUGUAUACCUCAUCACACCCUCGGAGAAAUCUAUUAAUGCUCUAAUCAAUGACUUUUCCCUUGGCAAUCAUAUUAUGUACAAAGCUGCUCAUGUGUUCUUCACUGAAGCUUGUCCUGAUGUUCUGUUCGAUGAGUUGUCGCGUAGUCAAGUAGCUAAAUAUAUAAAAACACUAAAGGAAAUCAAUAUAGCGUACAUACCAUACGAACAACAGGUGUUCUCUCUAGACUCGCCUGCGACUUUCCAAUGCAUGUAUAACCCGGCGCUAGCUCAGACGCGUAACACAAACAUGGAGCGUAUCGCCGAACAGAUCGCCACGCUGUGCGCCACGCUCGGCGAAUAUCCCUCCGUGCGAUAUCGCAGUGAUUGGGAACAGAAUGUUGAGCUAGCCCAACUUAUCCAGCAAAAGUUGGAUGCCUACAAGGCUGAUGAACCUACAAUGGGUGAAGGUCCAGAGAAGGCUCGAUCUCAACUCCUGGUGUUGGACCGCGGCUUCGACUGCGUGUCGCCCUUGUUACAUGAACUCACUCUGCAAGCCAUGGCUUAUGAUCUGCUGCCGAUUGAAAACGACGUAUAUAGGUACGAGGCGUCCCAAGGCCAGUUGAAGGAGGUACUGCUGGAUGAGAACGACGAGCUGUGGGUGGAGCUCCGACACCAGCACAUCGCCGUCGUGUCUACGUCCGUCACGAGAAACCUCAAGAAAUUCACCGAGUCUAAACGCAUUGGUGGAGGUGAUAAGCAGUCUGUGCGAGACCUAUCACAGAUGAUUAAGAGAAUGCCCCAAUAUCAAAAGGAACUGUCUAAGUAUGUCACGCACUUACGCCUCGCUGAAGACUGCAUGAAAGCAUAUGGGGAUGAUAAACUCUGCAAAGUCGAACAGGAUCUCGCCAUGGGUACAGAUGCUGAAGGAGAAAAGAUCAAGGACCACAUGAGGAGCAUCGUGCCUGUGCUACUGGAUCAGAAUGUGGUGAACUUCAACAAGAUGCGCAUCAUAGCUCUAUACAUCAUGGCCAAGAACGGCAUCUCGGAGGAGAACCUCAACAAGCUGGUGACGCAUGCGCAGCUCGAGCCCUCCGACAAGCAGACGUUGCUGAACCUUGCCAACCUGGGGCUCAACGUCGUCGUCGAUGGUAACAGAAAGAAGCAAUAUCUACCGCCGAGGAAGGAACGAACUACGGAACAGACAUAUCAAGUGUCUAGAUGGACUCCUGUAAUAAAGGAUAUAAUGGAGGACGCCAUUGACGAUAAGCUGGAUCAACGUCACUUCCCCUUCUUGGCUGAACGAGCUCAAACAUCUGGCUACCAAGCACCAACCAGCGUCCGCUACGGUCACUGGCAUAAAGACAAGGCGCAACAGACUAUCAAAAAUGUUCCACGUUUGAUCGUCUUCAUUGUUGGAGGCGUUUGUUUCUCCGAGAUCCGCUGCGCGUACGAGGUGACGGCGGCGCUGAAGAACUGGGAGGUGAUCAUCGGCUCCUCGCACAUCCUCACGCCGGACAACUUCCUCUCCGACCUCAGCUCUCUCACGGCCUAAACCGACACUAUUGUGGCUGCGGAUUAUCGAAACAAACCGAUAUUAUCAAAAUUUGGUUACCAACUGGUAUCGAAAAAACAUUAAUUUAUUUAGAAUUAAUGUUCAGAAUUGCAUACAUGCACCAACGAUGUGUCGGUAAUAUUGUAUUGUUGUUAUUUUAUAUUGUAUGGUAACAUAAAAACUAUAAAGAGAAGAAUACCAACCCUUACGAGUAUUAUCUAUAAAUGCAAAUUGUGACAUAAUUUUUAAAAUUGUGGUGUUGAAUAUUAAUUUGAUUGUGAUACUAAAAGUAUCAGUGAAAUUAAAUGUUAGGUAUUACAUUGUUUAAAUUAUCAGCCACAAAGGGUAUUUAUAUUACAUAAUUAUGUUAUUAUUAGGAUUAAGUCGAUGAUAAAACUGUACAAUUUUCUAAUUGCACGCACAUGAACAUUUUAAAAUUUAAUUAUGCAUUCCAAAACGCUUUAAUAAAUGAUACAAACGAUGCGCAGCAAUCACGUGACCAAAACCCUAUGUUUACUUGAUGUACUCAGCCCACACAUUCUUUCUAACAUUAAUGGGAUGGUUCUAUGAGAAUUAUGUUUAUAUUGAUGAGGUGCGUUCAAAUGUAGCGAAUUCUCGCGUGAAAUUGUACCUUCUCACGCGCAAUAUUUUAAGUCAUCUUGUCGUAAGGUUGCUUUUGCUGAUAAGUCACUAAACAGUAGACCAGCUGACGUGCAACGCAUUGUCAGCGUGCAUACUUACAGCUCGCCAGCGGCGCGCCAACUAAACAUUGCGCGUGCUCAACUCACGAGCCUUUUGCAGCAAAUUCGUCAGAUUUGGACACACCACUACUGAAGUAUUUUAUCGGCAGUUAGUUAAUCAUAUCGACUUAGAGAAUUGGUUGUCACCUCAAAAAACGCUAUAAUGUAAAUAGAGAAAACGCGAACAUGCAGCCAAUUCGAGCCUUGUGUGUUCCGAGAAUAAGGACGAAGAAGUACCUAUUUGCAGAACUCAAAGCCUCAUAUAGACCCUUCAUGUGAACCAAUUCGAAUUCUACAAAAGAUUCCCACUGUCUGCACACUCGCUUUAUCUGUCUUAUAGGUUUUGACCAACAUUCACUUGAUCUAUGAAACGCACAAUCCAUUAUCUCUGUCUAGACACUUUAUAAUAAUAAUGUUAAAAUGCCUAAUUUUAUCGAUAAAAAUAUGUAUUUUGUUAUAUAUAUAAUAAUAUAAGUACAGUUUUCAAUUCGCAAUCCCAAUCGCUUUUUUCGAUUCAUCGCGGAAAUGGACCAAACAGAACAAAGAUUUUUGACACUCUUACAAUUUAUUAUAUGAUUUAUUGUCGAGAUCGGUUCUAAGAUUUAUCUACAAUCUUUAGAUUGGGAUCGUUUAUUGAAACGACAGUUAGAUAUUUCAAAUUUAUGUUAAGAAUAUUUUACUUUAUUGCAUUUAUUAAUUGUUGAUAUUGAAUGAUGUAAUGUUGAAUUACCUUCAUCAUGUUGAUAAAUAUACCUAUUUAUAAAUAAAAGUAUUACUUAAUAUUUAUACGAAUUAAAAAAAUAAUGAAAGAGA